GGUGCAGCAUCACAACUUUACACACAGUCUUUCCAUAACACACGUCAGUUGGUCGGACUCUGUGUUUACCAACAAUUUGAUCUUUUGUUGCAUAACAGGCAAAUCCAUUAGGCCACUUCCAAGGAUGUCAACGCCUGGUCAGGUGAUCCGGUGCAAGGCGGCUGUGGCGUGGGGCCCCGGUAGGCCUCUGACCAUUGAGGAGGUGCAGGUGGCUCCACCUAAGACCCACGAAGUGCGCAUCAAGGUGAUUGCCACGAGCGUGUGCCGCGCAGACUGGGCGUACCUAUACGCGGCCGGGACGGGCACCAAGCUGCGGCCGUUCCCGUUGGUUCUCGGCCACGAGGCCGCCGGGGUCGUGGAGAGCAUCGGCCCUGCGGUCGACAGAUUCUCACCGGGUGACCGAGUCAUUCCUCUUUUUCAGCCAAACUGCGGGAAACAAGAUCGACGUUGCACCGCUGAAACCGUCCAGCGCAGGAAGGACUGGGCGAACGCACAGGUGGGCGUGAUGGCCGAUGGCACAAGCAGGAUAUCUUGCAAGAGCCAACAAGUGUACCAAUACCUGGGGGUAGCUUCUUUUUCCCAAUACACGGUGGUCUCCGACGCCUCGCUCGCCAAAAUAAGAGACAGCGUGCCGCUGGACAAAGUGUGUCUCCUGGGCUGUGCCGUCUCCACCGGCUACGGUGCUGCCAGGAAUGUGUGCAAGGUGGAAAAAGGUUCCCGCUGUGCCGUGUUCGGGCUCGGCGCCGUCGGCCUGGCGGCCGUCAUGGGCUGCCGGGCCGCCGGGGCCGAGCGGAUCAUCGCCGUGGACUACAACCCGGACCUGUUUGACACGGCCCGGCUGCUCGGAGCCACCGACUGCGUCAACCCCAAAGACCACAGCGAGCCCGUCCAGAGGGUCCUAACGCAAAUGACCCGGGGGGGGGUGGACUACGCUAUGGAGUGUGCCGGGAGUCCAUUUUUCAUGGGUGCUGCGCUGGAGUCUACGUCAGGCGGCGGCGGCACCUGCGCCCUCGUCGGGUGGACGGAGGCGGACGCGGUGGAGGCGGUGAGCGUCAGCGCUGAAACCAUCCUGAUGGGACGCACCUUGAAGGGGACUUAUUUCGGAGAUUGGGAGGGCGUGGAGGGCGUGGAGGACCUGCUGGACAAAUACAAGAAGAAACAGCUGAAGCUGGAUGAGUUCAUCACCCACAACCUCCAGCUGGAGCAAAUCAAUAAGGCCUUUGAUUAUGUGAAUUGUCGGAAAAGCAUCCGCACUGUAAUCCGUCUGUGGGAAGGGGAGGCUACACAAACACCUGCUGCCCUGUAAGAUCAAGCGUACACGUCCUUAGAUGAAAAAAAAAGUGUUUGUGACAAAGGAAAACGUGAUAUCAGGAGUUCUUUAAUGUAGUGUUUGAAUUGUAUAUCUCUUCUUCUCAUCUCUUCUUAAUGUUUGUUUAAUCUAAAAUAAAGUUCUCAUUGGUUUAACUUCA